AUGGAAGCUUUGAGCAGAAUGAUCUUAGUCCUGGUUGCAAAUGGGCAUAUGACUGGUUACUUGAUUGGAACCCCAGGAGGGGGUAGUAUUAACAUUUCCCAUUUGUUGUUUGCAGAUGACACGCUAGUUUUUUGUGAGGCGAACCAACUCCAAGUUAGAGUACUGAAGGCACUCCUACUUUGCUUUGAGGUAGCUUCAGGCUUGAAAGUGAAUCUGGACAAAUCAGAGAUGAUGCCUAUUGGUGGUGUUCAGCGUCUAAGACACUUGGCGAAUACUUUGGGGUGUAAGACUGGUACACUCCCCAUGACAUAUCUAGGCCUUCCGUUGGGGGCCCCCUCGAGAGUAGUUGCGUUAUGGGAUACAGUGAUUGAGAGAGUAGAGCAACGUUUAGCAGGUUGGAAGAGAAUGUACUUAUCAAAAGGGGGUCGGGUUACGCUAAUAAAGAGUACUCUAUCUAACCUUCCAACAUAUUUUCUAUUCCUGUUCCCUAUUCCAGCAAGGGUGGCACUUCGAAUUGAGAAAUUACAACGGGACUUCUUGUGGGGCGGAAUAUGA